AUGUGGAGGAGCCUGUCCAAAUAUAUCUGUAUCUUCUUCCUGUUCAGCAACAUCAACAUUCUGGAGGUAGGAUAAAGCCAUCUGCACUCAAAACAAGUUACAGGUCAAACAUGAUUCAUUUAUCUCACAUUGCUUCUAUCACCAUUUACCUCCUUUACCACCCUCUCCCCCUCACAGGGGAGCUACACUGGGGCUUAGCAAAAACUGUAGGUUUUUAGCUGCUACACUGGACACAUAGAUGUUUUACGCCGGCGUGAGCAGACCGCGAGCCACUUUACCAAAUGUUCUCAGGUGUGAGCCGCGUGUCAAAUUCUUGAAAACAGAAAAAUAGCGUAAUUUUACAUUGAACAGCGCUAGCCUCUCACAGAGCUGUGCUGCUUACGUCCAGGUUUCAUUGAAAUUAAUGGGAGUGUAGCACGCUCUGCAAAACAUAUGCUUCCAGUGUAGCACGCCUGUUGGUGACCUAUCCUCUUUCCUUAGCAGAAGCUCAACUGCCAGACAGUGGAAUUGUAUUUACCUUCUGGCUUCCCGUGGACUGUUUUUGUACAACCCAAUAGAAUUGAAAGCAACGCUAGUGUAUGUAAAUACACCCGCGUUGCUAAAAGCAGCUAGGGUGUCAUGAAAACAGUCGAUUUUUAGAUGCUACAAUUGAUGCAUAGAUUUAGUAGGCAUCAGCAGAAUGCAAGCCACUUUACCAAGUGUUAUUGGGUGUUAGCCAUGCGUCAAAUUCUUGAUAAUAGUACCAGAGCAUAAUUUUACACUGAACAGCGUGAGCCUCUCAUGGAGCUGUGCUGCUUACCUCCAGGUUUCAUUUAAAUGAAUGGAAGCGUCACACGCUCUUCAAAAGUUACGUGUCCAGUGUAGCACGUCAGUUAGUGACCUCUUCUCUUAUCCUCAGCAGAAGCUCAACUGCCAAACAGUGUCAACGUUCUACCAGAGUCAGAGCAGCAUCCACCCAGCUUUCCUCCCAGAGGGCCCUUCUCCUCUGGGCCACAACCGGAGCUACUGUGGCCAGGAGCCCUCACCGGAGGAGGUUCUGGAGGAGCAUGACCUCCUGGAGUCAAUCGCCUGGCCACAGCCUCAGCCCCAUUCUGUGAAUGUUUUCCUGAACCAGACCAGUGACCCUGCACACAGCCUUUUUGUGAUCCUGCCAGCAGGGGGCAAGAGAGAGUGGCACGUGGGGGACCAGCUGGAGGCUCUAGUCCAUAUGCACGAUUUCCAGGGGCGUCCCAAGAGCUAUGGUGGAGACUUCUUGCUGGCCCGGCUGCACUCCCCCAAGUUGGGGGCAGGCGUUGUAGGACAGGUGCUGGACCACAGGAAUGGGACCUACUCUGCCAUUUUCCCGUUAUUAUGGCAGGGGUCUGCACAGGUGGAGGUGACACUGGUCCAUCCUAGUGAGGCAGUUCAUGUUCUAGGACGGUUACGAGAGGAACGGCCUGAUCGGAUUUUCUUUAAGAGUUUGUUUCGCUCUGGAAAACUGUCCCAAACAACUGUAUGUAACCUGUGUCUGCCGACAAACCAGGAGCCGCUGUGCAAUUACACAGACCCCCACACAGGGGAGCCCUGGUACUGCUACAAGCCCAAGCUGCUGAGCUGUGACACACGGAUCAACCACGCUAGCAGAGGAAACUAUGUGAAACAUCUACUCACCAACAAAGAGGCAUUGCUCUUCCAGAGGUUAGUGAGGGGUACAAUCCGUAUGUGAGUGAAAGUAUGUCUAAUUGAAUCACAGACUUUGUUUUCAAUGUAUCAGAUUGCUUGCUGCUGUGGGUUUAUUUAACAUUUAAAUAUGAUUCUCUUUCAAUUCUUUCUCAGUGGUGUAAACAUAAAGGUUCACAUUCAUCCUUCAGGGUCUGACAGUGUCAUUGUGCUGCCUGAGAAAAAAGGUAGGAGAGCAUGGAGAUGCCACAGUACAACUGUGUGUUUAUCUUUUUAACGCUAGCUAGCCAGCCUACUAACCGCUCUGCUUUGUGGCUGUAUACUUCAACCCUGGAGUGGUUCUGGGUGUGCAGGACAGUAUUCGAGCCCACUACUGCAUCUACAGUAGUGUAAGGUGGGAAAGCACCUCUAUUGCCUGUAAAGUGAUGAUGCUAGCCGGUGCAAGAUGCUUGCGUUCCUCUUUCAGACAAAGCAGACGUGGAGAGAAGCAGCAUGAAGACAGAGUCUACCAGGAUCACUCCUUCCGGGUAUUACUUCCAAGGGUCAUGGCGAGCUCUGGGUGGUGGUGUGAUGUGCCAGUUUAACGACUCGUCUGCCACUCAGUGUCUGAAGGGCAAGGUGGUGUACAUGUACGGAGACUCUACUGUCAGACAGUGGUUCGAGUACCUCAACGCCUUAUUACCAGGUGAGUUCUGUCUGCAAGUCCUGUGACAUCGCUCACUCUCUGAUGCCUCAGGUGCUUUCUAACUCGCUCUUCUGUCUGUCCAACUCCCAACUCUCCCUUCCUCUUUGUGACAGAGCUGAAGGAGUUCAAUCUUUACAGUCCUAAGAAGGUGGGGCCUUUCAUGGCAGUGGACAGCACCCACAACGUCCUGCUGAAGUACCAUUGUCACGGUCCUCCAAUCCGCUACUCUACUGUCAUCGCCAGUGAGAUGCGCUAUGUAGCUAACGAGCUGGAUGGCCUGACUGGCGGGUCGAACACUGUGGUGAUUAUCAGUGUAUGGUCCCAUUUCAGCACCUACCCUGUGCAGGCCUACAUUCGCAGACUACGCCACAUUCGGCGGGCGCUGGUGCGGCUUCUGGACCGGGCUCCGGGGACCCUGGUAGUGUUGCGCUCGGCCAACCUCCAGGCCCAGAACCCGGAGGUGAGCCUGUACAAUAGUGACUGGUUCUCAGUGCAGCUGGACGGGGUGCUCAGGGCCAUGUUCAGGGGUCUGGAUGUCUUGCUGAUAGAUGCCUGGGAGAUGACCCUUGCCCACCACCUCCCCCAUGCCCUCCACCCGCCCCCCAUCAUUAUCAAGAACAUGAUAAACAUUAUCCUAACUCAUGUCUGCCCAGGGAAGAGCUAGCAGAUUUGAGUUAAAUGAUUUAUGUCAGAAUUAUCCAUCAUUCAACACCUAUACAAUAUUGGCAAUAUGCCUAGUAAUCCAAAUUGUACAUACUGUAUCUGACAUGUA